UUGGUCCCCAGACUUUCCCCCAGGCUCAUCGAUAAAUAAAAGGUUUUGAUGUCUCAGUUCAAGAGACCCAAAAGAACAAAAAAGCAAAAAAAUAAUAUAUAGAACAUGUUCUUUAAGUCUUGAACCCAGAGACAGAAAUCAAAGUUGAACCAACGCCGGAGCUACCCAGUUUCGAAUAAUCCCGAUCGAUUCAGGUGAAGAGUUUGAGGUUUGGAAUCUGUAGGGGGAGUUAAAUUUUAGAGAGAAGCAUGUCGACACCGGAUAUUGCAGGAAUACUGGACAAGUCGAAAGAGCUUGAUCAGUUGAGGAAAGACCAAGAAGAGGUGCUCAUUGAGAUCAACAAGAUCCAUAAGAAGCUCCAAGCCACUCCUGAAGUAGUUGAGAAGCCUGGAGAUAGUUCAUUGUCGAAGUUGAAGAAUUUAUAUGCUCAUGCGAAAGAGCUUUCAGAAAAUGAAGUGAAUGUUUCAAAUUCGUUGUUGGUUCAACUUGAUGCUCUAUUGCCUUCUGGACCUCAAGGGCAGCCACGAAGAAGGAUAGGUGAGCCGAAAAGGAAGAGAAUGAAGAGUGACUCUGAGAUUCCAAGGAUUUCCCCUGCCCUCCGAAAUCAACUUGAGGCCUGUGCCAGUCUAAAAGGUGAACAGGUAGCAGCUAGGGUCACUCAAGAAGAUGCUGAUAAGGACGAGUGGUUUGUUGUAAAAGUGAUCCAUUUUGACAAGGACGCAAGAGAAUUUGAAGUACUAGAUGAGGAGCCUGGUGAUGAUGAAGAAGGCAGUGGCCAAAGAAAGUACAAGUUGCCUAUGUCAGCUAUUAUUCCUUUCCCCAAGAGAAAUGAACCCUCCCCUACCCUAGAUUUUCCUACUGGAAGACAUGUUUUGGCAGUUUAUCCGGGAACAACUGCACUAUACAAGGCAACUGUGGUUAAUGUUCAUCGUAAGAGGAAGACGGAUGAUUAUUUAUUGGAAUUUGAUGAUGACGAGGAAGAUGGGUCUUUGCCUCAGAGGACAGUGCCCUUCCAUAAGGUUGUUGCCCUACCAGAAGGACAUCGCCAGUGAAUUUUUCCCUCAAUUCAAGAUUGUUGGGGUAUCAUCCAGUCUAAUAUUCAGCAAGUUGAAUUCAAUCAUCCAUCACGUUUAGUCAAUUAUGUAGUGUCUAUAUGUAUGAUUAUAGGUUUUGUAGGAAGCAACUUCAUGUUUGUUUAGGAUCUCUUUCCACUCUUCUGACCAAGUGGAAGUGAGUAAGGAACUGAAAUGGAUAUGAAUGUGAUAGAUCAAAAUUAAAGUCAAGUUGACCCGCCAUCUCUUUGUUUGCAUUCCA